AUGUCAGGCUUCAGCGGCGAGCUCAUCGACUACCUGGAGGGUAGGAUUACAUUUGAAGAGUUUGACAGGAGGAGAGACGAGAGGAAAGCCAAGGAGGCUCUAGUGUCAGCUGAAAAUGAGGUGGUGCACCCUUCCACGUCUACGCAUAACCCGCCUCAAACUGAAGACGGGGUUAGCCCUGGAGUUCAGCAAGCCUUUGCCUCAAUGAUGGGUGAAUCUACCGAGCAAAUCUUGUCAGAUGAGGACAAUGACAGUUUGGGCUAUGUUGAUGACAAGAAUGACGAGGAUUAUACGUUGGAGGAGGAGGAAGAGGAAGAAAAGUUGAAGUUAAAAGUUAAAGGGAAGAAGCCAAGGAAGAGAGGGAGGGCUAAAAACGAAGAAAAGGGAAAUGAGGAUUUGACGGUGGGAGACGUUCUUGCAUUAGAGAUGGAGCUAAACCGUGAAAACAAGAAAAUGCUAAAGGAACGGCGCAACCGCAGUAAACUUCCCCGAGCACUCAGAGGCCUGAUGGGUGAAGCUAACAUUCGUUAUGCCAGAGGAGAGAAAGAAGAUGCGAUUGCCAUGUGUAUGGAGAUCAUACGACAAGCUCCACUGGCCUACGAUCCUUUCUCCACGCUGGCCAUGAUCUAUGAGGAUGAAGGCGACAUGGACAAAGCGCUGCAGUUCAGUCUGAUUGCAGCCCAUCUCAACCCCUCCGACUGUGAGGAGUGGAUCAGGCUAGCCGAGAUUUCGUUGGAACAGGACAACAUCCGGCAAGCUCUAGUUUGCUACAACAAAGCCGUCAAGUAUGCUCCCACCAACGUACGCUAUCUUUGGGACCGCUGCGGUCUCCUCAUGCGUCUUGGGGAGCACAAGCAAUGCAUGGAUGGCUACCGCCGAAUCCUGUCCCUGCUGCCAAUGGAUGAAGGGGAGCACUUUAUACAGCUUUCGAAGGACAUGGCCAAGAGCUAUUAUGAAAGUGGAGACCUGCCCUCAGCACUCGGUGUUAUGGAAGAGGCUCUGGCACGACACCCGAACCUGGUCAGCGACGACAUCGUCAACAUGUCUGCUGAGCUCUACAUCACCAACCACCAGUAUGAAAAGGCUUUGCAGGUCUUGGUCCAUUUUGUGGGUGUUGUCUUGGUCCAGGAUGAAGGUCACUCAGACUCCUCUGGUAAAGAGGAUAAUUUGUCUGAAAAUACAAGUGAGAAAAAAGAGGAGGACAAAGAGGCCAAACCAGUGGACACAUCAGAAAUGGCAUCAGUGGAUAAAUCAAAAAUCAAAGAUGUUCAGGUUCCAGACAGCAUCCCGGUUGAUCUUAAGGCCAAACUGAUUGUCUGCCUUAUCCAUAUACGCAUCUCUGCACCCUUGGAGGCUUUAGUGAGCUCAUUGAUGGAGCAAAGUGCAGAGGAAAUUGGUGACUUAUACUUGGAUGUAGCUGAGGCCUACCUGGAGGUGGGAGAGUACCUGUCUGCUCUCCCUUUGCUGUCUGUGCUUGUCAUAUCUGAGAAAUACAACUUGGCUGUUGUCUGGCUUCGGCACGCAGAGUGCCUGAAGGCAUUGGGUGAAAUGAAAGCGGCUGCGGAAAGCUUUACAAAGGUGGUGGAGUUGGCGCCGCAGCAUUUAGAGGCACGGCUGUCUCUGGCCACCCUGCAGCAACAACUCGGUCAGCCGGAUUGUGCCCUCAAAGCGCUGGAGCCAAUGUAUGACAAUGAGACGCUUUCCCAAGACUCAUCUGCCGCGCAAAAGGAACUAAAACUGCUGCUGCAUCGGUCCACACUGUUGAAAACACAGGGACUGAUCCAACAAUAUUUGGAUGCUGUGAUAACUAUGAUGUCCAUGCUGCUCAAGGUGGCCAUGCAACGAGCCAAAGUGUGUGUGCGCUCUGUCAUUGUGUCAGGAGAGAACCGUCUGCGUUUGGUGAAGGUUGAAAGCAUGCUGUCGGACAUUGAUGACCAAGAAAAAGCCUAUUUGGACAUUACAUGUAAAACCAACAUCCUGUCCAAAGAGGACUGGUGGCAGCUGUUGCUAAGCUGUGUGCUCACAUUGUGCGACGUGAAACGCUACGAAGAGGCAGAGUUAAUGGUCGACUCUGCGAUGGAGUUCUACUCUUUCUACGAUAUUAAGCCCAGGAGGAAGGAGUUGGAGUUCCUUGGACUCUCUGCCAGCAUCUUGGAUCGAGACCACCACAAGGCUUAUGACUACAUCAGAUUGAUGCUGAUGGAAAAUGUGGACCAGUCCCAGCUUUGGAAUAUAUUUAACCAACUGACGAUAUCCUCCCACCACCAACGUCAUCAUCGAUUUUGUCUGCGUCUGCUUUUGAAGCAUCCAGAAAACCAUGCCCUGUGUGUUCUCUGCGGACACAAUGCCAUGGUCUCGGGCAGCUUCAAACACGCCCUGGGUAACUACAUUCAGGCCUUCCAGUCUCAGCCUGAUGACCAUCUCCUCAACAUGUUUGUGGGCAUCAACUUAUUUAACAUGGCAUCUCAGAAAUAUGUGGCAAAGAGGCACACACUGAUUGUUCAGGGUUUCGCAUUCCUGCAUCGAUAUGUGGAGCUACGUGGGGAGUGUCAGGAGAGCAUGUAUAACUGUGCCAGAGCAUUGCACCAAGUAGGCCUUACACACUUAGCCAUUCAUUACUACCAGAAGUGUCUUCUACUCCCUGUAGAGAAACUGGAGGGUAUUGCUGUUGAACAAGUUGAUCUGAGGAGGGAGGCCGCCUUCAAUCUGUCCCUCAUCUACCAGGCCAGCGGCAACGUUGAGAUGGCCCGCCAACUCAUCAGCACACACUGCGUCAUUUAA